AUGCUGAAACGAGAUCCAGAAGCCAGAAACGGGGUACUGAGCUCCGAAAGUACCCUUAAGAAUGGAUCUGAGAUCCCCACGGUGCUGCUACCUCCUCCUCCAACUCUGGCCACUAAUUCACAACCAUCAUCAGGUCCAAUUUUAGCGACUCCAGCGCUGUCCAGUGGUCCCACUACCAACGUAGGAGGAACCCAGGGCAUCAACGCGGCUGCAAAACCAAAAUCAACCACAGACCCGGCUCCUACGGCUCUCCGCAUACCUGUAGAUCCAUCAGCCGAUAGCGUCAAAUAUGCCAUGUCCAAUAUCAACAAGUCGCUCAAAGCCAAGCAAAGGGUCAUCAACUCGAAGGAACCGCUCCCAAAGAACGCGAGCAAAAUAUCCGAGUUCAUCAACAAAUCUCCGGUGAAUCCUAAUUUUCCACCUCCCAAAGAGGCAGAACCCGCCGGAGAAAGACCCAUAGGAAGCGGGCCGCCCACAGCUCCAGGUACGCCGAUGGAGCAGCCCAAAAAUUCCAAGCGCAAACCAAAGAAAAGCUCGACAAAAACCGACUUUUUCGCUGCAAAAUUGGCCAGUGCGGUGGACGAUGUGGACUCCAGCGACAGCGACGAAACUUUCGUUUACGAAAAUAACCCUAAUGAAGUCGAGCCCGCUCAAGAACCAUCUAAUCACGCUCCUACGGCAACACACAUCAAUUCCGUACAAUCUUCACCGACUGCGCACGAUCCUACAGCAUCACCGUCUGUGGUAGCCGCUCAUCUUCCUGCCUCCAUUCCUCCACUACCCCAAGGCACAAGCUCACGAGCACAGUCUAUCCACUCUAUUCUGUCUCGGGUCCCAAAACAGCCAAAAGCUCAGACUUCGCAACCAACUCCUGGAGCCGCUUCUGUGAGCAGCAUCAACUACUUUGAGCAGUCAAAACGACCUUCACACCAACGCACAGUGUCUGGAUACUCAAACUACAACCAAGUAGGUUCCGCAAACCCAACAUCAACCAUAGAUGAUAGAGCACAAAAUCCGGGCCAAUACACCUCGACUAACAGUAUAGACCAGGCAUCGCUGUAUUCGUUCGAUGCAGUCGACGUCGACGCUGAUCUUAUAGACGAUGACGAUUCCACCGAAGGAGAGUUUUUCUCAAACCCCAACUUGGACUCUUCUCACACUACUGUGCCAGCACCCAAUGCUGGUGCGAAGAAUGAAGCUCAGCGUGUUCUCCAGCAAAAUAAUGCAACCAAUACUUCACUUACGAGCAAGAACACCUCGAAGAAAAACUGCAAGUCAUCGGUCUCGUCAUCCAAACUUCGUUCUACAACCUCCAAGCUUUUCAAUAAGAAAGGGUCUCAGCCUCGAAGAUAUAGCAUCAUUCCCGACGAUGUCGACAUUGAAGAUUUUGACGAUGAUCUCAUCUAUUACGACGGAAGUAUUCGUUUUCCCUAUGCGAAUACCCAAACCAACAGCUACGGCAUGAACGAAUCGUCGUCACUUCUCAAUGCACCUCGAGGAAAAAUCCCACAUUACAGGUCGCUUAACUUGUAUCCCAGUGCUCAGAAACGAGCUUCCAACAAGCGCUAUCUAUCCACCGGCCAACCCUUGGCUCCUCCGGCAAACGAAAAAAACCGCGAUAUGUUUCCAUUCGCCUAUCCCGACCACCAAAACUACUAUUACGAAUAUGAUGAUUUGGAAGAUGGUGGAAGCGAUCCUGAGCGAGCAAUAGGGUCCCACAACGUAUCAUCACCGCUUUUGCUGCAAAAGAACAAUCGACGUGUUUCACAUCGUAUGAGUAUGGAUUCAUUACGUGCAAAUCGAGUGUAUUUUUGGCGAAGUUUAUUCUAUACACUAUUGAGCAUUAUUGGAAUAUUGGGUAUUGGUUUCAUCAUGGGAUUUGUCCUCGCGUCAACAAAAGAUUUGACCAACGUCCAAUUGAGUCAUAUCUCGGAUACAUUAGUUUCAAAGGAUGAACUCGUUUUUAACAUCGAAGUGUCUGCAUUCAACCCUGGCUGGUUUACCGUGGAAAUAAAUGAGGUGGAGCUCGAUGUUUUUGCCAAAAGCGGCUACCUACAACCUGACUACUUCCCACAAUUGCUUGAAUCCAGUGCAGUGGAAACGGUUUUGUUGGGUACAGUUUACAAGUUGGAUCCUCCAAUGACGUUUUCUGGUGGAAUAUUCAGCCGCGAUCCUAUUGAACAGUCCGGCGAGAUCCGAUUAUUGACACCCGGGAAGAACAUAACUGGCUCUAUGAGCACCGACAACUCCACAGAACCCGAUAAUCUGAAAAAAUGGGAGGUAAUUUCUAAGAAUCCAUUUGACCUAAUUGUUCGUGGUACCCUCAAAUACAAUCUACCAUUCAGCUCAGACACUAGAUCGGUAGUUGUGAACAAGGUUGGUUAUGUGGAUCCUACCCAGAACUCAGUUGACAAGUAA